AUGGCACAUAGGUUCUUUCGGAAAGAAAAACCGGACACCCUCCGCGACAGACCGCCGGCACGGCGCGGCAUGCGGCCAGCGGCUUCGGACCACGCAACAAAUGAGCACACUUGGUAUAAGGAGUCGACGGAAAGCGAACCACGCCCUGGCAAUCAAAUAAGGGACCUGGAGAAGGCCGACGAACCCCCACCGCUUUCCGAUUACUAUAACAGGCGUGCUUCUUUGGCACCCAAGAAGGACGACCCUUUUGGCGAUGAGGAAGGCGCAGAAGUCAAAUAUAGGACGUUGCGAUGGUGGUAA